CGUAAAUUUUCACAAUGGCCGACAAAAAUUAAAGUUGGAAAAUUUUCUCAAAAAUUCGCCUCUAAAACCUUAUUACAUUCCUUAAUCAUGGCAACAAGAAGCCUGACAGAAGUGUUCAUUCUGAUGAGGAACAAUGCCAUGCAAAAUCGGCAUAUGUAUUCUGAACAAGUGAGUAGUCCUCCUCAAAGUAACACACCCGAAGAAGCGCUUGCUGAUGAUCGUAUGGCAUUAGUUUCAAGCAGCAACAAUGACCCAGAGUUAGGACACCUACAAGGCUCCACUAAACUCCCACCAGAAUGGAUCGAUGGCGUAGAAGAAGUCCAAUAUGAAAUGUCUCGCAUCAAACAAAAACUAAAGGACCUGACCUCCCUACAUGACAAACAUUUAAAUCGUCCCACAUUAGAUGACAGUAUAGAUGAAGAACAUGCCAUUGAGAUACAAACUAGAGAAAUCACACAAAUGUUCCACCGCUGUCAAAGACUAGUCCACCAGAUCGGGAACAAGAGCAAAUUCGGAACAAGCCAGGAACAAAAACUCACAGUCAAUGUCACAUCGUCACUCGCCAGAGGUCUGCAGGAUCUCUCUACAAAUUUUAGGCAGGGACAAUCGAAAUAUCUCAAAAAGUUAAAAACACGUGAGGAGCGCUCAAAGCAGUAUUUUGACUCGGGAAGUCCAUUUUUAGAGGAAACAGAAGCCCCUGGCGAUGACUUCUACGAUCGGGGCUUUACGGACGUGCAGCUACAUUUAGUGGAAGAUAACUCUCAUAUGGUUCAACAAAGAGAUAAAGAAAUCACUCAGAUUGUAAAGUCGAUACAGGAUUUAAAUGAAGUAUUCAGAGAUUUAGGCACAAUGAUUGUAGAACAGGGGACAGUGUUAGAUCGGAUAGACUUCAAUCUGGAACAAACGCAAACACGUGUCGAAUCUGGUCUUCAACAACUACAAAAAGCAGAAAAAUCUCAGAAGAAAAAUAAGAAAAUGUUAAUUAUCAUUGCACUAGGUGUAAUUGUGAUACUAUUAAUUAUAAUACUCAUAGCUGUAAAACAUCGGUAAUAUAUGUUUAAGGUACUAGUGUGUAGCAUAAUGUAUAUUAAUUAUUUGUAUGUGUAUCGGUGCCAAAAAUGUUUACAAGGUCAGCAAAGAGCGGCAUGAAGCGAGCAUAUCAUGAAUUGGUUAGCGGGGAUUGUUGUAGUAAAUCAGCAGAAAACUGGUUAUUUAUUCAUGGAUUUGUUACAUAUCUUUGCUUACAUACAGUUGCAUGUUUAUCCUCAGUUCUAAAAGUGGCUGUACAGCUAAAACUAUCACGACUGCAACAAGUCUAGUUCAGCUUUUCAGCUUUAGCCACGUCUAAAAUAAGAUGAGUGUGUUUAUUUCAUGUGAAGUUAUUUGAAGACCCUUAGGUAAAGUGUCUAUCCGUUUUGCAUGGGGUGGCAAAAUCUCUGAUUGGCUUGCUUACGAAUAUGACAAAGAUUCGAUAACUGGCUAUCAGAAAGAGGACUGCUGCUGGUGGUGAAUAGCAUGUAUAACAUGUACUUGGCACGCCUUUUGGUGAAACCAUGGGGUGCUUCAGUGUUGACACAUGUAUUUAACUGCUUGCAAUUCUAAGUGCAUGAUAGUCUUAGGAGGCAAGUGUAACUUUAAGAAAAUGGAAUCGGUUUGUUUCCAUAUGAAUAAUGUUAUGAUUGAUGGGCAACAGGAUUCAGUUAAGUGCAUGAUAGUCUUAGGAGUCAAGUGUAACUUAAAGAAAAUGGAAUCAGUUUGUUUCCAUAUGAAUAAUGUUAUGAUUGAUGAGCAACAGGAUUCAGUUAAACUGGAUCUGAGAGAUCUUAUUCUGUGUAUAUCUAGUUUUAUCGGGUGUAAAUUGCAAUAUUGUAUAUAUCCUGUACAUAACUGAACUAAGGUAAUAAAAGACUAGUAUGUGAAGAAAA